AUGUCACACAGUACUCCCAGGUUCACUUCUGCGAUUGCCAGCACCAAGACCACUUCACAGAGUACUCCCAGUUUGACUUCUCUUAUCGCCACCACUGGGAUCAGCUCACCCAGUACCCUCGGCUUUAGUUCUUUGAUUGCCACCACUGAGACAACUUCACACAGUACUGCUGGCUUCACUUCUUCGAUCACCACCAGCGAGACCACGUCACACAAUACUCCUGGCUACACUUCUUCGAUCGCCACCACCGAGACCACCUCACACAGUACUCCCAGCUUCACUUCUUCAAUCACCACCACUGACGAGACCACAUCACACAAUACUCCUGGCUUCACUUCUUCGAUCACCACCACCAAGACCACCUCACACAGUACUGGCAGCUUCACUUCUUUAAUCACCACCACUGAGACCACCUCACACAGUCCUCCCAGCAUCACUUCUUCAAUGACUACCACCGAAACCCCCUCACACAGUAAUCCCAGCUUCACUUCUUUCAUCACCACCACCGAGUCCACCUCACACAGUCCUCCCAGCUUCACUUCUGUGAUCACCACCACAUAGACCACCUCACACAGUACUCCCAUCUUCACUUCUUCCAUCACCACCACCAAGACCACCUCACACAAUCCUCCAGGCUUCACUUUUUUGAUCCCCACCACCGAGACUACCUCACACAGUCCUCCCAGAUUCACUUCUUAGAUCGCCACCACCGAGACCACCUCACAUAGUACUCCCAGCUUCACUUCUUCAAUCACCACCACGGAGACCACCUCACACAGUACUGCCAGCAUCACUUCUUCGAUCACCACCACCGAGAUCAUUUCACGCAGUACUCCCAGCUACACUUCUUUGAUCGCCACCACUGGGACACCCUCACACACUACUCCCAGCUUCACUUCUACCAUCACCACCACCACCGAGAGCACAUCUCACAGUGAUCCCAGCUUGACUUCUGCCAUCACCACCACUGAGACCCAGUCACACAGUCCUCCCAUCUUCACUUCUUCGAUCACCAGCACAGAGACCACCUCACACAGUACUCCCAGCUUCACUUCUUCGAUCACCACCACCGAGACCACCUCACACAGUCUUCCAGGCUUCACUUUUUUGAUCCCCACCACCGAGACCACCCCACACAGUCCUCCCAGCUUCACUUCUUCAAUGACUACCACCAAAACCCCCUCACACAGUCCUCCCAGCUUCACUUCUGUGAUCGCCAUGACAAAGACCACCUCUCACAAGCACCUCACACAGUACUCCCAGCUUCACUUCAUCGAUCACCAGCACCGAGACCAUCUCACACAGUACUCCCAGCUUCAGUUCUUUGAUCACUGCCAUGGAGACCACAUCCCACAGUACUCCCAGCUUAACUUCUUUGAUCACCACCACCAAGUCCACCUCACACAAUCCUGCAAGCUUCACUUCUGCAAUCGCCACCACAGGGUUCACCUCACGCAGUACUCCCAUUUUCACUUCUUCGAUUGCCACCACCGAGAGCACCUCACACAGUACUCCCAGCUUCACUUCUUCGAUCGCCACCACUGA